AAAAAACAUGGCGGAUAAACGUGUACUAACUACUUCAUUUCUGUAGUGAUGUUGCCUUCUUUGAAGCUCGGAACUUCCACCAGGUUAACACUGUAAUCACACAGCGUGUCACUGGGAAAAUUAUGGAAACGAAUCGUUUAUUUGUUGGAGGGCUCUACAGUGGUAUCAAAGAAGUUGAUUUGAGAGAUCGUUUCAAUGCUUUUGGUACUGUAUCAUCAGUUGAGGUUAUACAAAGAGCAGAUGAAAAUGGUUGCACAACCAAAACAUUUGCAUAUGUUGACAUUUUGCAAACAGAGAAAGAUUUUAGAAGAUGUGUUUCACUCCUGUCAAACUCGAAGUGGAGGGGCUGCUGUUUGAAGAUUCAGCCUGCCAAAGAAAGUUUUCUCACAAGGCUACAAAGAGAGAGACAACAGCAGGCCCAGGCUAAUUUUGUAUCACCGUUACAAGAGGACACGAAACAAUUUUCACCAAAGCGAACGAUAGCACAUCAUAAGAAAGACACAGAAAAAGGAAAUUCCUUUCCUGAAACACUUGUAAAGGCUGUUCCUGGAACACCACUUCCAGGAAAGAAGAACUGGGUCGUAGGGAAGUUUGGGCGCGUGUUACCAGUCAUGUAUUUGAGGAGAAGGGAUAGAAAAAAGAUUGCAAAGUUUGAUCCAAGUAAAACAACGCAUUGUUUGAAGAAAAUUAAACUUGAGGAAACAGAUAAUACGAUAGCGGAAUUGACAUGGAACUUCCAAUCAGAGGAAGACAUUUUGAACGUUAGUUCAGGCAAUUUAUUGAAAGGUAAAAAGAAAAAUAAACACAAAUCAAAGUCAGCGGUAACAGUUGAAAAGGGAAAGUUUUUAAACGAUUCUUUCGAAGAACAAGAUCUUACCGAGGAUGUAGGGACAGACUCCAGCGAGUCACACUCAGGAAGAAAUGUGGUUCGAAAAAUUGUUGAAACGAGGCUGUCGAGAGAGAUAACCGAUGACAUUCGGGAGGAAAGCUUGGCCAUUGAAAACGGUCACUCUGAAGAAAGUGUGCGGUCUGUUCCGCAGUUAGAAGAAAAAUUGCUUUCACAAGUUAGUGGAAAUGAAGGUUCUUCUGUCGCAAAAACCUUCAGAAAAGAUAGCAGUCUUGAUAGCAAUCAACACUUCUCAGUACAUAAUGGGACAAGUCCAUUAGAAGUUGAAAGAAAUGAUAAACAGUCAUUUGAUGGGACCGGGGUAGAAGCAAGUGAUAUCAAAUCCUCUGAUAGCUGUGAAAAUGCAUCAGAUAGUGAAUCAACUGAUAAUGAAAAUGUACCCUACUCGAGUAAAGAUCAAGAUUCUUCAGCUAUUAAUUCCAAAUUAAGACCAGUUGGUGAGAACUUUGACAUUUGCGAUUCAAAAGAAAUUUCUUUAAAAUUUGCGAAACCAGAAGUAGGAGAGAGUCCUCAAACACGGACAAAGUCAAAUGAAAAGCGACUCGAUGCCUUACUUGAGAGAAGGAAGAUUGCACAAGCUCAGAAAAACUUGAUCAAAGAUGCGCUGAAGGGCUUAGACAGCAGUGCACAAAGCCAUGAUGGAAGAAAUCACAUUGUAUUUUCUGAUAGCGAUGGAAAUGAAGGAGAUGACAAUAAAGUCAAGAAAGCUACUUACUCUGUGGGCGUCAAGAUUUCAGGUUCUAAGGCCAGCUCAUGGCUUGGACUCGACAGUGAUAGCGACGAUGACUGCGAUCACACAAGUCAUCCUAGCGCAGAAAGAAAUAAUCAGCUUGUUAAACCCCAGUUUGAGGGAAAGUCUGGUGAAGAGCUUUUUAAAUUACAAAGGACUUACGGUGGAGAUAAACGAUUUGAUCUGGAUGUACGUUUCCUGGAAAGUGAUGAAGACGACGACGACAAUAAUGAUGUUCGUCGCGCUGCUAGAAGCGUUGCACAAAAGAGAGAGUCUCGAGGCUACGAAGGAGCCACCCCGAGGGAAGAUGAGGAUGAAAUUAGCAAAAGUAUCCAAGAAGAAAAGCAAAUGGCUUUUAAAGUUAUCAGAAAUAUUCUAGGUGCGGAUUUCAGAGCUGAUUACAGUGGUCAAGGCGUUGAGAGAAAUGUACCAGAGUUCAGAAGUUCCUCCCUAGUGCAUUACGACCCAACUCGAGAAGAUCACAAACAGUUUGAAAAGAUCGUUGAAGAGGAGACAGAAGAGCCAGACGAAAAACUUAGUUUGUCCAAUGAAAAACAAACAGAGGAGGCAAAAUUACCCGAUGUGUCUUAUAAAAAGUAUUACGUGGCCAAUACCUCUGUGCUAACGAACCUCUUCGGUGGAAAGAAGGAGGGUACAUCUUUCACAUUUCUCUCACAAGAACGAGAUGACGACGUCGAGUCAACUCCUGAAGACCUUACACUCGAGGGUACAGUGGAAAUAUUAAAAUCGAAUCCCUGGCAGGCCACGCCUAAGCUUCCUUAUGACAGUAGUGAUGAUGACGACAAGGACGACACAGACAACGACUACGAUAGUGAUGAUAACACGGAAUUGAAUUAUUCUGUUGGUUCAGGUGCUAUUGGACUCGGUGAAACCUCAUCACCGCCUGAUGAGCUGUUCUUCUUUCACCCAGAUGAUUCUAUCCUGGCAAAUCGCAUCGAUGAUAGGGAAGCUCCUUUUAUGAGAACAGUGAGCCCGGAUGAAGUCAGCGAACACUGGGUAACAGUCAGAUCGGACCUCACUCAAGACUACAAGAAAAAACGGAAGGAUGCUAUUCGGAGAAAAAAUAAACUGGCUGCAAAGAGACCAAGGCAUAGAUGACGAUGGUUGUUGUUAAUGAGUGUCUGUGUUCAAAGAAUCAUUUUUCUUGAAACUGGUGAUAUAUUUGAGGGCCUGCUGUAGUUUUAAACUCUUUUAAGUCUCUAAUGGCACCUCACUCAGCUUGACUCGGCGUCCUGGUUAAAGUUAUAGAAUAGCAUCGCAUUUAACGAUGUGGAGUUGUAAUGACCAAUUUUAAGGCCUUUGAUAUCAAGCUCUAUUAUGUGUGUUAUAAAUGGUUUUGUUACUCUUAUGUUUGUAGGACCUAUCAUAAACUUGCUGACUUUGUUACCUGCUCCUACA